AUGGAUUCGGUACGCGCCAAGCACGCGGCGGAGCUGGAGGCCAAGCGAAAAAAGCUAGAAGAGAUACGUAAACGGAAAGCUGCUAUCCGAGCCGCAGAGGAAUCAUCAUCGGCUUCCGAGAGUGUAAACGAGGCCAUCGGGCAACAGGAAAAUAAGUUUGACGAUUUUAUCCAGAAUAUUUUGAAAACAUCUGUGGAGAAAGAAAUAUCCAACGACGAUGACGAGCAUGAUGUUAAAGGGGGAGAAAGUCAUACAGUGAGUACUACGCUGUCUUUAGCUGAGAAGUUAUCGUCGCUUUCCACUGUGAGCAAUGUGGCCGAGAUGCACAUCCAACCGACACUCCUGGAGACGUAUACGAAGCACACAGAGACGGAUAUUACGUUGGAACAUGAGAUAAUUGUCAAGGACGAUGGGGUGACUGAUAUGGAUGUGGAUAAUAUGGAGGGAUAUUCUCAUCAACAUUCCGAAAAUAUAGACGGCUCGACGAUCCGAACGUCCUCUCCACAAAGUCGAAACGUGAUAAUUGAUACUUUAGAAAUAGCCCCUACGAACAGCACGACGACUGUCUUAUCAGUUGAAGAUAGGACUACUUUAUUGCAGUCAGAUGUCAUGGAGGCAUUUUUGGACAAGGCGUCGCGGGUCAUUGAACGAGCUUUGAACUCGUCAACUAAGUUUGACAUUAUGAUUGACUAUGGGGAAAAUGUGGAGCAAGAUGGAGCUGUGGAGGAGGCCAUGGAGUUAUUGAAGCAACAACAUGUCUUUGGGGACGAUAAGUGGUCUAAACAUAGAGCAGUGACCGAUAUUGAUGUGUCACCGUUUUACCCGGAAUUGACACUCGUCGCCUAUACAGCACGCAACUUUUUGGAGGAGAAAACUCAGGACAUGUCGUCGCAGUGGGAUACAAUGGGUAACUCACCGACAAUGCCACUGACGGAGGUAGCGGCGAUUACGGAAGGUGUGGUGCUUUUGUGGUCCACCGCACUGCCCGGGCGACCAGAGUACCGGUUUACAUGCCAUUCACAGGUAACUAGUGCCUGUUUUAACCCGUUUGAUCGUCAUGUUAUUGUUGGAGGCACGUACUCGGGUCAGAUUGUGGUCUGGGACACACGUGCAAAGAGUGUACCUGUUCAGAAGACGGCUUUGUCGGCGUUUAGCCACACCCACCCAAUCUACGCCAUGGCUGUUGCGGGAACGAAGAACUCGUACACCUUGAUUUCGGCAAGCACCGACGGUCGCGUAUGCAUAUGGGAUAUUGACCAUUUGCAAAAGCCGCUGGAUAUGCUGGAUUUACGAAUCUCGCUCUCUAUUGUGUCCAACUACACCUCCGUAAAUGCCUCUGACAAAAAAAUGGAAGCUUCUGUGACCUCUUUUGCAGUGUUAGGCAAGGAGAUCAAGGAACUGUUUGUUGGAACGGAGGCAGGCAAACUGUACUCGACAAAAGUUGACCAACAGAAGAAAAAGCCCGGUGCUGGAGAGGACAACAGCGGUAACGAUACUGACACGAGAAACCGAAACAAUCUGCUUGGCAGCAGCACCGGCGACCUCGUUCGCGAGGUUAUUGUCGAGACAGUCUCGAAAAAAGGUUCUCAUUUCGGCCCCGUCACAGCUAUGCACUUCAACCCGCUGCUACCAAUGCACCAUGACAGUCUCUUGCUCACGUGCUCGCUGGACUCAACGGUCAAGCUCUGGAGUAGUGAACACCCCGAGUCCCCGGUGCUCUCGUUUGAGCCUUCAAGCGAAUACAUUAGCGACGUGCGAUGGUCAUCAGUGCACCCUGCUCUGUUUGCAGUUGCUGACAGCAGUGGUACUGUGAGUAUUUGGAACAUUCUAAAAGACGUUGAGGUGCCUGUAGUCUCAGAGAAGAUCAGUGAGAAGUCACUAAAUAAGGUGCGGUGGAGCACUGACGGCAAGAGCGUGAUUACUGGUGACGCCAAUGGCACGUCGUACAUUUAUGGGGUGCCCUCAGUUAUCGCACUGCCUCAGCAGGAUGACCUGUCUCUUUUAGAAGACAAGAUCGCAACCUUCAGUGCGGCGGCGGCACUGUUAAAGCCAUAA